AUGGUGUUUGUGACCAAAUCAGCCAGUGAACAUUUUUCUUAUCCUAGAACCAGCACCAAAGUCUCCAAAUUAUUUUCUGGGAUUCCUCUGGUAGACCUCGCAAAACCAGACUCCAAGCAACUCAUUGUCAAUGCCUGUGAGGAGUAUGGUUUCUUCAAGAUCAUCAACCAUGGUGUUCCAAUGGACUUCAUCACAAGAUUGGAAUCUGAGGCCAUCAAAUUCUUCUCCCUCCCACUUUCUGAGAAGGAAAAGUCAGGGCCUCCUAAUCCAUUAGGAUAUGGGAACAAGCAUAUUGGGAAGAAUGGUGAUGUUGGUUGGGUUGAGUACCUCCUUCUCACAACCAAUACAGAAUCCAUUUCCCAAAGGUUUCUAUCAGUUUUUGGAAAUAACGCAGAAGAGUUUUGUUCUGCUUUGAAUGAUUACAUAUCAGCUGUGAAGAAAAUGACCUGUGAGAUUCUUGAGCUGAUGUCUGAUGGAUUGAAGAUUCAACCAAGGAAUGUGUUCAGUAAGCUUUUGAUGGAUGAACAGAGCGAUUCUUGUUUCAGGCUCAAUCACUACCCACCAUGCCCAGAGCUUCAAGGUUUGAGUAGUGCCAGUGCCAGAAAUGUGAUUGGAUUUGGAGAGCACACAGACCCACAAAUCAUUUCUGUGCUAAGAUCCAACAAUACAUCUGGCCUCCAAAUUUCUUUGAGAGAUGGGAGUUGGAUUUCAGUCCCACCCGAUCAGAACUCCUUCUUUAUCAAUGUUGGUGACUCUUUACAGGUUUUGACUAAUGGGAGGUUUGAAAGUGUGAGGCACAGGGUUUUGGCAAAUGGUUUAAAAUCAAGAGUGUCAAUGAUUUAUUUUGGGGGACCACCCUUGAGUGAGAAAAUAGCUCCAUUGCAAUCUGUCAUGAAUGCAGAAGAGGAAAGCAUGUACAAGGAGUUUACAUGGUUUGAGUACAAAAAAUCUGCCUACAGCUCAAGACUUGCAGAUAAUAGGCUUGGACACUUUGAGAGAAUUGCAGCCGCAUAA